GUUCUCGCUCUCGGGAGGUUAUCUUUUGCGCUGUUCUGCGCUUGUGUUGCCAGUUUAGCUGCAGCGAAAUUACUAUAAGAACUGCUUAAUUUGCUUGAUGCCAGAGCAUAUGCAGCCGCGUGUGUCGCAUUGUUCUUUUGUGUGAUUACAAUAUUAGUUUGUGUCUCACACCUUGGAAAAACGGCUGCUGGACCUACGUUGACUAGUUGGCUUGGCUCGAUAGGCUUAGCGGACCGAUGCGUGUAGAUAGCUACGGAUAGUGUCAGCUCCUGUUGGGUACAUUUGAGUAGGAGCCCUUGUUUCGCGUGUAUUUUGUAGGGCGACCAAGAUGAGCAGUAAAAGCUGCCUUGCGGUUGCCGCCGAGGCUGCGGAAAGAGUAAACGCAAUGCUUGUCGCCAAGGGAAAGUUGAAGAUCAAUGGUGUCACAGGCCGCAGUUCGGGAGACUUGUUCACAACCGAAGUGGAGAUAAACGACGCGCCCUUACCUGCGCGCAACGUCUUGACAAAGGGAAUUUUUCAGGAGGAGAUAUGCCGUUCGACUGGUGCAGUUAUGUCUACAAGGGGUCGCUACAUGAGUGGAAUGGAAAAAUUAAAUUCAGGAUCUGGAGACAGAGCAUUGUAUUUGCAUAUUCAAGCCUCAACAGUGGAUGCAAUUGAAAAGGCCAUGGCACGAAUCAACAUGGUGAUUCGAGAGCAUGCCAAGGAUGAUCCGAAUUUCACAGCCAGUGACCCCACUGCAGAGCUUGUGCAGCAGCAAAUCGCCGAGUCAAACGCCAUGGCAGCUGCUGCUAUCAGUCUACUCACAGCCCAGGCAGCUGGACAUCACUACAUCCAAGACAAAAUAUUUGUGGGCCUUGAACACGCUCCAAUGACUUUUCCGGUACGGGAGAAGAUUCUUGGACCUGGGGGUGCCUACCUUGAUCACAUCAAAACGACAACAGGUGCCAAUGUGACCCUUCGUGGGAAAGGUUCUGGAUUCUUAGACCCAACUUCGGGUAGGGAAGCAUUCGAACCACUUCACAUUCACAUCACGCAUCCGACUUUAGAAGGGUUGCAAGCGGCCAAGUCACUGGCUAUUAGCCUGAUCCAAACAACGCACACAGACUUUGCAGAGUGGCAGCAACAACAGCUGGCUGCCCUGACAUUCCAGUCUGCCAUGACCCAGGCUGCUGCUAAUCAACAACUGGCAUCAGGUGCACCUGUCAUCACAGGCCUGGGCCAGGUCUUCCAGCCUGUUGCAACUGCAGGAGAAGUGCAAGCUCAGGGCAUUCUGGUGAGCCCUGGGGUGAUGGGAGCCCAGUCAGCAUCCUUUGUGCUGCCCAUGUCACAAGGCUUGCCUUCAAGUGUGAGCUAUGUGACGGCGCUACCUCAGACUCAGGCAACCGUAAUGUACCCAACGCAAGCUGUCAUGGCCGCUCAGACUGCCAUGGCUCAGUUGCAGCCACAGCAGUUACAGCAACUACAGCAGCAUCAACAACACCAGCUGCAACAGCAGCAGCUGCAGCAACACCAGCUGCAGCAACAGCAGCUGCAACAGCAGCAAUUACAGCAACAGCAUUUGCAGCAGCAGCAACUUCAACAGCAGCUCCAGCAACAACAGCUGCAGCAACAACUACAGCAGCAGCAGAUUCAUGAGGCUCAACAACAGGCUCAGCAACAGCUUCAGCAGCAGGCACAGCAGCAAGCAGAACAGCAACUUCUUCAACAGCAGCAACAUGCACAGCAAUUACAGCAGGCUCAGCAGCAGCAGCAACAGCAGCAGCAAGCAGAGGCAGCCACACUCCAAGCGUCUCGGCUUUUACUUCAGCAGCAGCAGCAGCAGCAGCAACAGCAGCAGCAGCAGCAGCAGUUGCAGCAGCCUGGCCAGCUCCCAGCUACACUACAACAGCCCUAUCAGGUGGCUGUUCCACCACCAUCACUGCAAUCUACCAUCACAUCUGCUACUGUAUAUCCUCACCUGAGACACCAGUAUGCUCAGUACGCUGCUAAGAAGAAAUAUGAUGUUCCACCGCCGUCACACGCUGUUCCAGCAGUUGCAACUAUAUCGGCUUCAUCAGGUGUUGCACCGAUUGGAGGAGCAUCAGCAGUGACUGGAGCCCCUGCUGCCUCAGCUGCCAUUGUGGCACAAAGCAGCCCCACUGUUGCACUGUCGUCAACACAUGUGACAGUGCCCCUGCCUACAGAUACGUCUGUACCACCACCCAAUAUGGCUGUGCCCCCGCCUGCAAACACAGCGGUGCCUCCACUUGGUAAUGUGCCAUCUCCAGUGAACGCGACUGUGUCACUUCCACCAAGUCAAACCGUUGUGCCACAAACGCCUGUGGCCCCACCGGCUGACACAACUGUGCCCCCACCAACGAACACAACUGCGCCCCUGCCAGCCAACACAGCUGCACCACCACCCACCGAUACAUCAGUGCCACCUCCCAACUAUAGUGCAAAUGAUGGCUGGAGGUUUCGUGUCCCACCACCAUCGAUGACUGUGCCCCCACCUUUGUUCCCGUCAGCGCAAGCUUCAUCCUUGGAGUCCACACAUGUAUCUGUGCCUUCAAAGCCAUCAACACCACCGCCAUCACCGCGCACUUGCACAAACCACAAUGAUUCAAAGACAUCUCCACCUACAGCCAGGCAGGCAGCACCAACACUGUCUGCCUCCUCCCAGGCGGCAUCAUCAUCUGGCCUCACACCUCUCUACUAUCGGAGUUUGCGACCACAGGCAAAGUCUUCAUAUCUGAGCAGUUACCAGGCAUCGGCACUUCCAGAGGAGGAGUAUAACAACUAUGCAAAACCAACAUUGCGGACUAAUGGUAAUAGCCUGUCAAGCACAUCGUUAGCUGUUUCUGAUGGCACUUCUGCCACCCGCUCAGCUGAGAACAGGACGAAAAAGUCAGACUGGGAGAUGAUGCCCCCUCCAUCGCAGGCCAAGCCUACACAACCAAGAAUCAGCUCACUGGGCUCAACCAAAACUGCCUACAUCUGGGAGAGCCAUUUCUGCGAGACAGUCGUCGAGGUUUGGUGGGUCCCAAUAGUGCUGGUCUGUCGAAUCCGAAAUGGUCAAGUUUUCAUAAAAUACAUUCUACAUGGAGGAGGCUUGCUGGCCCAGUCCUUUUCAGUCUAUCCUCUCGUAUGCCUUUUGGACAUGUUCUAUAAAGAGGUUUUUCAAAUGUAAAUAUACCAAUGAAGUUCCUUUAAUGUCAGUGUCGAUCAGAGGCCAUCUGUAAAUAGUAUUGUGCUUUGCCUGUAGCAUGAGGUAAGUGCUCAGGAGUGCUUAUUUUAUUUGGCAAUAAAAAAAAAAAUACUGUAAACAGA